AUGACAUCUUCUACAACUACUUCGACAACUACCACAACUUCUGCAACUACCCCUCUCCAACAACUACCACCUGUUCAACAAUACCCCUAUUUCUACAACUACCACUACUCCAACAACUACCACUUCUUCUACAUUUACUUCAACAAGUACCACUACUUCUACAACUAUCACUACUUCUACAACUUCCACUACCUCAACAACUACCACUACCUCUACAACUACCACUACAAAUGCUUCUACAACUAUGACAUCUUCUACAACUACUUCGACAACUACCACAACUUCUGCAACUAUCCCUCUCCAACAACUACCACCUGUUCAACAAGUACUACUACUUCUACACUUACCACUACUUCUUUACCUACAACUACUUCUGCAACUACCAUAACUUCUACAGCUGCCAGUACUUUUAUAACUACCACUUCUUCAACAACUACCACUACUACUCAUUACUACCAAUAUAUCAUUACAACUAUCACUACUUCUACCACUACUUCUACAACUACCACUACUUCUAUAACUACCACAACUUCUUUAACUACCUCCUCUUCAACAACUACCACUACUUCUACAACUGACACUACUUCUACAACUACCAUAACUUCUUCAGCUGCCACUACUUUUACAACUUCCACUUCUUCUAAAACUACCUCCUCUUCAACAACUACCACUUCUUCUAUAACUACCUCCUCUUCAACAACUACCACUUCUUCUAUAACUGCCUUCUCUUCAACAACUACCACUACUUCUGCAACUGACACUACUUCUACAACUACCGCUACUACUACAACUACUUCGAUAACUACCACACCUUCUACAACUACCUCCUCUUCAACAACUACCACUACUUCUACAACUGCCACUACUUCUGUGACUACCACAACAUCCACUACUACUUCUACAACUAUCACUACUUCUACAACUAUCACUACGUCUACAAUUACUUCUACUUCCAUCAAUACCUAA